CAAGAGGCUUCUCGGUCAAACUCAGAACCGAUGACGGCAACUGGGAUAUGGUCUUCAACAACACACCAGUCUUUUUCUUGAGAGAUCCAGCCAAGUUCCCUCACUUCAUCCACACACAGAAGAGACACCCAUCGACGCACCUCACUCACGCCGAUGACUCGACCAUCUUUUGGGAUUACCUUUCCCAGAACCCUGAGUCAAUUCAUCAGGUCAUGAUCUUGAUGGGCGAUCGAGGUAUUCCCGACGGCUACAGGUUCAUGCACGGCUACUCAGGCCACACCAUGAAGUUCGUCAACAAGAAUGGUGACUGGGUUUACACUCAGAUCCAUCUUAAGUCGAUGCAAGGCACCAAGUUCAUUACGCAGGAAGAUUCGUUCAACAAAUCUCCGGAUUAUUCGCAGAAAGACCUCUACGAGGCCAUCGAGAACGGCGAUUUCCCUAAGUGGUCAGUCGAGGUUCAGACCAUGACAGCUAAGGAAGCUGAAGACGUGUGGGAGAAGCAAGGCAUCAACGUCUUCGACCUGACCCACAUCUGGCCACAGAAGCAGUUCCCACGCCGCAAGAUCGGUGAGAUGACUCUCAAUGAGAACGCCAUCAACUACUUCGCCGAGAUCGAGCAAGUGGCUUUCAACCCCUCACAUAUGCCUCCUGGUCUUGAGCCAUCCGCCGACCCUGUCCUACAGUCCCGUCUGUUCUCGUACCCUGAUACCCACCGUCACCGUAUCGGCGUCAACUACCAGCAACUUCCUGUCAACGCACCACGCACAGCUCAUAAGUUCGGCAAUUUCCAGCGCGAUGGAUCCAUGGCUUUCUACAACCAGGGAGGUCGAGCCAACUACCUCUCGUCCAUUGACCCGAUUCAGUUCCGUGAGCGUUCUGUCGACCUUGACAAGACUCACGGACACUUUCAGGGCGAGGCAAUCACAUUCUUGUCUUCAAUUCGGCCUGAAGACUUCAACGCGCCCCGAGCGCUGUGGGAGAAGGUCUGGGACGAACCCGCUCGUGAGCGGUUCAUCAACAACGUCUCCGGCAAGAUGGAACUUUGCAGCAGCCAGGAAAUCCUGAAGCGCCAGAUCGCCAUCUUCCGUGAGGUCAGUGACGAUAUUGCCACGAGAUUGGAGAAGGCUACUGGCAUCAAGGGCUACGAUGGUAUCAAGGAUAUGAAGUUCAAUGGCACGCACAAUGGCAUGGCUAGUGAUCCUAGCGCCAAGUAUGCCAAUGGCGUCAAGGCUGCUACUGGAAGCUCCAUUACCGGCAACAAUGGUGCCCCGACGAAGGGAACGCACAACUAGAUUCUAGGUGUUGCCUCUCUAUGAGUUUGAUUAUGAAGG